CACUGGUGGGCAGCACUGGUGGGCACAGGUGGGUGGCACUUCUGGGCACAGGUAGGUGGCACUUCUGGGCACAGGUGUGUGACACUGCAGAGUGGCACAGGUGGGUGCACUGCUGGGCACAGGUGGGUGCACUGCUGGGCACAGGUGGGUGCACUGCUGGGCACAGGUGGGCGGAACUUGUGGGUGGCACUGCUGGGCACCGAUCAUCAGGGCACUGAUCAUCAGUGCCCUGAUGAUCGGUGCCAAUCCCCGCUCUGACAACUGCCGGUUCUCGGCAGUACUUUCCUCACGAUCUGACAGCGUGAGGAAAGUGCAGCCGAGAACCGGCACUUGCAU